AUGGCAGGGGCAAAAGCUGGAAUUCAUGUCGUUCAACUCAAGCCGAUCCUGGUGUCGAAAGCACUUCAGGAUGGUAAUAAGUUUGUCAAAUGGGACGAGGACUCUCCAGUUGGCACACCAGUCACCUUGAAAGUUGAUAAUAAGGGAUUCUAUCUCUUUUGGACGGACCAAAACAAUGAAACUGAAUACUUGGAAAUCUCGAGCAUUCGCGAUACCCGCACGGGGAAACAUGCUAAAACGCCGAAAGAAGGGAAACUUCGGGAUUCCGUCAAUAUCGGAGCCAAGGAUGCAACCCUCGAGGACAAAACCGUCACGGUGGUCUACGGAGCGGACUAUGUGAACGUCUCAUUUAUAAGUUUCUGUUGUAAUUCUCGGGAGGUGGCUCAACAAUGGGCCGACGAGCUGCUCGGCAUGGCGACCAAUCUACUAUUUCUUAACGCACCGGUCAUGACCUACCUCGAGAAGAUGCACACAAGGAUACUAUUAUCGACUGAUAAGGAGGGGAAGAUUCCUGUAAAAAGUAUUGUGAAAAUGUUCGCCAACCACAAAGAUGACCGGCGACGCGUGGAGAAAUGCCUGGAAACGACGUCCAUCGCCAACUCGAAAGGCGAUUCGAUAACUCCUGAGAAGUUAACAUUCGAUUCGUUCUACAACUUCUACCGGCAUCUGACGCAAAGAUCCGAGGUCGAACAGAUAUUCGAAGAGCUCUGCGGAGCGAGCAAGAAGAAAGUAAUGAAUACUGAACAAUUGGUGAAUUUUCUCAACCGAGAACAGCGUGAUCCCCGCCUCAACGAAAUCCUCUAUCCUUACGCCAAUCCUGAUCGUGCACGAGACCUUAUAAAGCAGUAUGAACCCAACAAAUCCAAUGUCCAGAAAGGAGUUCUCUCCUUCGAGGGCUUUCUCAAAUACCUUUUAAGCGAAGAUAAUGCUAUAAUCGCUCCUGAAAAAAUCGAUUUGAGUCAGGACAUGGAUCAGCCGCUGAACCACUACUUCAUCAACUCGUCGCACAACACCUACCUGACAGGCCAUCAGCUAACGGGAAAAUCUUCCGUUGAAAUGUACCGACAGUGCUUACUAUCAGGAUGUCGUUGUAUCGAACUAGACUGCUGGAACGGCCGGAACAGCGAUGAGGAACCAAUUAUAACACACGGCUAUACCGUAGUGACUGAGAUACUUUUAAAGGAAGUGAUUGAAGCUAUUGCCGAUUCCGCCUUCAAGACCUCACAGUACCCAGUCAUUCUUUCAUUCGAAAACCAUUGCUCACCAAAGCAGCAGGCGAAAAUGGCGCAGUAUUGCACGAAGAUUUUCGGAGAUAUGCUGCUGAACGAACCCCUGUCUAGCCAUCCUCUCAAAAGUGGAGUUCCUCUUCCCUCCCCAAACCAAUUGUUACGGAAAAUCAUCAUCAAAAACAAGAAGAAACAUCACCCGAGACCACACAAGCCUAUCCCGACAACGAGCUCGCCGCAGGCGGCCUCGUCCUUGGGUCAUAGGCCUGCGGGCAAUUCGGGUGGAGACGCCGCGCCGAGCCACAGUUCGCCCACUAAUCCCACUCCGACUGGUGGCGACGUAGACGUCAACGCGUCCAGUGCCGGGAAUGACGACAACAGCGCCUCUUAUGCAGAAUCCGACGGGUCCGAGGGGUCCGACACAGACGAAGAAGAAAGUGCAGCGUUCGGAGCUGCAGCAGAUUCUUCGAAUGCAGAGGGUACGGCCGCUAACGAAAGCGAAGCCGUGGCCGAGAUGUCGGCCUUAGUCAACUACUGCCAGCCCGUCAGAUUUCACUCGUUCGAGUACGCUGAGCGGAGAGACCGUUCCUAUGAGAUUUCGUCAUUUGUGGAAACGCAAGCGACGAAUCUCCUCAAGGAACACCCGGUGGAAUUUGUUAACUACAACAAGAGACAACUAAGCAGGAUAUACCCUAGUGGCACGCGGGUCUCAUCAAGCAAUUACAUGCCUCAGGUUUUCUGGAAUGCGGGGUGCCAGUUGGUCGCCCUGAACUUUCAGACAAUGGAUCUUGGAAUGCAGCUCAACUUGGGCAUUUUCGAAAUGAAUGCGAGAUGUGGAUACCUGCAGAAACCAGAUUUUAUGCGACGACACGACCGCCGAUUCGAUCCCUUCGCAGAGUCCACCGUUGAUGGCAUCAUUGCAGGCACCGUUUCCAUUAGGGUCAUAUCCGGACACCUUCUGACGGAGAGGAAAGCCGGAACGUAUGUCGAAGUCGACAUGUAUGGACUGCCAGCCGACACUGUACGGAGGCGAUUUCGUACACGAACUGUAACACCAAACGGACUAAAUCCGAUUUUCAACGAGGACGCCUUCGUCUUCAAAAAGGUUGUGCUACCCGAUCUCGCCGUUAUUCGGGUGCAGGUUUGCGAGGAAAACGGCCGCUUUCUCGGCCAUAGGAUACUGCCCGUCGUUGGGUUACGCCCGGGCUACCGGUUCAUCUCCCUGCGGAACGAGGCGGGACAGCCGUUGACGAUGCCUGCUCUAUUCGUCCGCAUCACCGUAGGAGAUUACGUUCCCGACGGUCUUUCGGAACUCGCCGAUGCCCUGGCUAACCCCAUUCGCUACCAGUCGCGCAUUGAGAAGCAUGCUACACAGCUGCUGGCUUUGACGGGCGACGACGAGGAAGACGAAAUCGACGUGCAGGCUACCUCCUCCAAAAGCCACGAAUCGAAUGUGGAGGUGAGCGGGAGUCAGAGCGGACUCUGUUCUGCAACGAGCGUAGAUCAGCAUUCCAGUGGUCAAAACGUAGGAACUAAUCCCGCAGGAUCCGUGCGCGAGCUUCCUUCGGCAGUAGCCAGUUUAGUUAAUGAAGCGAAUGGCACUUGCCAAUCUCCAACAAGACAGACAUCUCCCCAGAUUUUGUUGCGACAAGACACAAUGAGCGGCCAGCCUGCGAGCCUCCUGAGCGACAUGGCGACAUCCUCCAGUCAGGAUUCAGGAGGCACCCCAGCUCCAUCCCUAUUACUGGAAACCAGCCAGGUCACCGCGCAAGGUUUAGACAAGAUUCGCGAAACUAAAACCGUGGUGAAAGUUCUCGCGAAACUCGACAAGGAUCUGCAAUCUGUGCGGAAGAAAUAUGAGAAGAAGCUGAAAGAUCGCGAAAGGGAUUCCGAGCUUCCUCGAGACGACAAGCUCAUCCCCCACAACACCAGCUCGGUGGCCGGGUCGGUUGCGUCUGUCGCUGGUCGCAUGAAGAUCGUAGCCAAGACGACGGCCCGACUGGGCAAGAAGAUGUCUUGUGGCGAUGUUUUCAAUCAAAGACCCGACAGUGGUCCUUCGGAAGAGCAGAAAGCCAAAAUGGAACGACUGCAAAAGACCCACGCCGAGAACGUGGCAGCCAUUCUACGUGAACAAUACAAGACCGAAUUGCAGAUUCAACAGAAGCAUUCUGAAGCGGUGUUUGGCGCUAUGGAGAAAGCGAUGCUAGCGUCGCAGGCUCAACAGCUGCAGCAGCUCCAAGAGCUCCACGACAAGGAAGCUGCAAAUCUCAUGAAACGGCUCGAAUCCUCAAGCAAGGAAGAGAUGAAACUGCUCAUCAAGAAACACAAGGACAAGAAUGAACUCGACCGAAUAAAACGUGAACUUCAGAAUAAAAUGAUCGGAGAAGCAGUCGCUGAACGCCAAAAGAUGGGUUGCGUUUUGGAGAAGAAGCGGAAAGAGCUCGAGAAGCAGCACGAGGAUGUCCGGCGUCGCUUCGAAGAGGAGAAAUCCGAUGCCGCGAUCCAACAUCAGAAACAGUACAAUGACAAAUGCGCAGCCAUCGACUCGAAGUUGGCUAAAAACCCCGCCCUGCUCCUGGAAAUCUCGGCCUCUCUACAUCGGCACAGUCAGUCGGACAGGAAACAGAGCACCCAUCUCUGA